AGUUCCUUCUUUAUUCCUCAGAAAAUCUCAGUAACCAGAGAGGCUUCUGCAUUUCAAAGAAGAAACGUAAUAGGAAAACUCAACCAUAAUAAUUCAACAAAAGGUAUCAGUUAGAAUAUGUCUAUAGCUUCAUCCCAACAAAGCUUCCUUACCAACGCCCUUACCUCACUAAUUCAAAAGCCCAAAACAAAGCUACCAAUUAUUAAUAGUAUCUCCACCGUCUCAUGUAGGCAAUUACAAGAUGACCAUAAUGAUUCUCGCAGGGGAGGAAAUGAGAAUCAACUGGCAAAGUUAGCAAUAGUGACAUUGGCUGCUGGUGUGCUUACACUUGGUUCUGUUGGUGAUGCAUCAGCUGCCAAAUCUGGUGGUAGAGUUGGUGGUCAAGCUUUCAGGUCAUCAACUCCUAGGUCAUCCCCUAGAAUUAAUAAUAGCUCGAGGACCAACAUUUACGUCAAUCCACCAAUAGCUCCACCUUUAGUGGGUGGUUAUGGGUAUGGUUAUGGUGUGCCAUUCUAUGGUGGUUGGGGCUGGUCGCCAUUUUCGUUCUUUGCACCAGGUCCUAGUGUUGCUAUUGGCAUCGGAGGCGGCUUUGAUACUUUGGUGCUCUUCGUGGUUAUUGGUGCUAUUGCCGCAGUGAUCAGGAAAUUCAUUGGAUCAAGAGAUGAAGAUGAGUACCAGUAAUGGGAAAAAACUAAGUUUUCUUUAUAUUAUCAAACAGUAGGUGUAAAAUGUUUUUUAAGUGACCAUAACACGUUCUAAGCUGGUCAUUGUUGUAAUUCAGAAUAUUAUUGUAACAUGUACCAUGUAAUGUAAGUAUGAUAAUAUAGAAAAAAACUUUGAACAGUUCUGCUAGUCAUAUCAGUCAAACUUGUGUUUAUGAGAA